AUGGACCCUCUCUCCAACACCACGGGAUUCAUCCCCUGGGAGCAGCUGAGCUGCCCAAUGGCUCUGCUCAAUGUCGGAACCGGUCCAGAUCGAGUUGCAUUCCCGGUGCACAAGGAGCUCCUCGUCAAGAACAGCCCGUUCUUCGUAACCGCUCUGAAUGGCCCAUUCCAGGAAGGCAAGCGCCAAGUGGUGCCACUCCCUGAAGACGACCCCGACAUCGUCUACCGCAUGAUCAACUGGCUCUACAGGGGGCGAGUUGAUACACGCAACCACUACAGGGGACAGGCGGCUGGCUCGCCUGAAGACAACAGUGUCGAGGACGGCACUCCAGAGGACGGUAGCAACGGUAGUUCCGACGAAGAUGACGAUGACGGCAAUUCUCUCGGAUCGAUGUAUGAGGAGCCCGAUCCCAACGCCCCUGCUCCCACGCCCCUGGACUCCUGCGCUGGUCCUAACGCCCUCUUCGACCUUUGGAUCAUGGGGGACAAGUUCUUCAUGCCCGAAAUGCAGAACGAAGUUGCCCAUAAGCUGGUAGAGCUCGUAUCCACGCACGAGCUGUAUCACUGCGAGCCCCUUCCGAGUGUCGAUAUGCUGCAACAUGUGUUCGACAACACUGUCGAGAAGGCCCCACUGCGUGCCCUGGCCAUUGACAUCGCGGUUCUGACUUGGCAGAUGGAACACAUCGCGGAUCUGGAGGAGACUCUGUCGCCGGAGGUCUUUGCCGCUUUGUUUAGGGCGGCUAUGAAGUACUGGCGGCACGAGACGCAGAACCAUGACCCGAAGUACAAGACCUUUGCGAUGGCUCACCAAGCCUACGAUGUGCCUAUAGAGGGCCGAAGAUAUGUCGUGGUGCCCGGAUUGAUGCUGAAGACUUGCCAUCCCGAGUCUAUGUGCGAUGGUUGCUGGACCUGUGAUGUGUGA